ACUGUAGCCCAGGUUAGCCUCAAACUCCCAGCAGUCUUCCUGCCUCAGCCUUCCAACUCCUGGAAUUACAGGCCACAAGGCCCAGCUGGCUUAACCCUUUAUAGUCUAGGCGUUUCAUGUAGUACCUGCCACAUGGUAGGUGCUGCACAGGUGUGGGUAAGGGAUGGUGCAGUGGUUAGAGCACUUACUGGGCAAGUGUAAACCAGCCCUUGGAUCCUCACCCACCCACACAAACGCUGGCUGGGUAUGGCAGCCUGCCUGCAAUCCCAGCACUUGAGGGCACAGAUGAAGGAAUCCGCCCUUCGCCUUGCUUAAUGCUGGCUAGCCAGACUUAACCGUAUCAACUGUGGUUUCGACUCAGUGAGUAAGGUAGCAAAAAAUGAAGGAAGAUGGGCUGGAGACACGGCUCAGAGGUUAAGAGUGUUGUUGGCUGCUCUUCCAGAGGACCUGGGUUCAAUUCCCAGCACCCACAUUGUGAUUCAUAAGCACCUGUAAUGAGAUCUGGUGCAGGCACGAAUGCAGGCAGAAUCCUGUAUAAUAAAUAAAUAAAUCUAUAAAAAGGUAAAGAAGACCCCCAUUGUCAACCCUGAGCUUCCACAAACACACACACACACACACACACACACACACACACACACUCACCCCUGCCCUCACACACAUGUGAACACAUAUAUACAUAGGCACACUUCACAUAUAUAGACAUGAAAGAAAGGAAGGGAAAAAAAAAUACAGGAUGCGGCUUGUUCUGUGAUUGGAGACCUGGAACAGGCUGGCAGCCGGACCAUGGCACAGUAACUGCUACCUCUAGAGGAACCUCCGAAGGCUUAUUAGAGUACUGAGGGGAGCCCAGCCUGAUGAAAUCCUGGAAGCCUUCCUGGAGGAAAUGAUGUUCCCUGGAUGACGCGGAGCUGCAGCUGCUGGGCCGGACUCACUCAGCCAGCGACGCUUUACGGACUCUGGCGGAAGCCCGGCUCCUUUUCCCUGGCAGAGUGUCGGUGGAUUUGAUGCUGGGGUUACCGGCACAGAAGGUGGAGCCGUGGCUUCAACAGCUUCAGAAACUGCUGUACCACUGUGACGACCACCUCUCCCUCUACCAGCUGACCCUGGAACGGGGCACCUCACUCUUUGCCCAGGUGCAGCAGGGUACCCUCCCGGCCCCUGACCCGGACCUGGCUGCUGAGAUGUACCAGGAGGGCAGGACAGUCCUUCGAGAUGCUGGCUUUCGCCAAUAUGAGGUCUCCAAUUUUGCACGGAACGGGGCGCUCAGUACCCAUAACUGGACGUACUGGCAGUGCGGUCAGUACCUUGGCAUUGGGCCUGGAGCCCAUGGAAGAUUUGUGCCCCAGGGAACUGGAGGCCAUACCCGGGAAGCACGGAUCCAGACACUGGAGCCAGACAAUUGGAUGAAAGAGGUGACGCUCUUUGGUCAUGGCACCCGGAAGUGCGUUCGCCUGGGAAAGCUGGAACUGCUAGAGGAGGUUUUGGCUAUGGGGCUGCGUACUGAUGUUGGAGUCACUCACCAGCACUGGCAGCAGUUUGAGCCCCAGCUGACCCUGUGGGACGUGUUUGGAGCAAGCAAGGAGGUGGAGGAGCUGCUAGCUCAGGGUCUGCUGCUGCUGGAUUACAGGGGUCUCCGGUGUUCCUGGGAGGGCCUAGCUGUGCUGGACUCCCUGUUAUUGACCCUCCUACCUCAACUCCAAGAGGCCUGGCAGCACAGGCCUUCCUCACCCGUGUCAGGAGGAUGACCAGACAUCCUUGUAUCAUGAGGAAGCACCAGUUGGACUUAGAGGGCUGGGCCAGAUGGUGGGCAUCUGCCGGUAGGUGCCAUCUCUGCUCUGAGGUGCUAUUGCUUGGCUCUGACACCCCCAUGGGAAUGGAUGUGGUCAGUUGGAUGGACGGCUGCCUCUGUUCUGGGGACUGGUAUCCCUCACAGCAUCCCAGGAGUCACAGGUCAGCAAGUGUUCCCUGCCUAGGAUGUCCUCACCACCCCACUCCCACCCCCCGCCACUGGCUUUUGUUGACUUUUUUGGACACCAAAUAACACAAAAUCUUUCUACAGGGAAUUGUAUCUAUCAGAGAAGCCUCAUUCUAGAGAGAAGCCCUAGCUUGUAUGGUUCAGUAGAACUAAAUCCCCUCCAGGUACCUUACACAGAAGAAAUAUAGGAACAAGAUGUUUACAAAACCAUUUGAAGGGCUGGAGAGAUGGCUUGGUGGUUUGCUCUUCUAGAGAACCAGGGUUCAAGUCCCAGCAGCCAUGUGGCAGCUCACAACCAUCAGUAACUCUCAUUCCAGGGGAUCCGGCACCUUCUUUUCACCUCUUCGUGUACCAGACACCUGUGUGGUGCAUAGAUAUUCAUCUAGGCAAAACACUCAUAUGCAUAAAAUAAAAAGAAAUAAAUCUAAAAAAAAUAUUUUUAUCCAAGGCCACUUGUUGUACAGAAAUGUAACCUAUACUCUAUGUAUGUCUCAUUAUUUCCUAAGGGUUGAAUUCAGGUUCAAAGUUUUAAACAUUAUUUUCAUUUUUAUUAUUUAUUUGGAUUUUCAAGAUGGGGUCUCUCUGUGUGGCCUUGGUCCUGGAGCUCACACUGUAGACCAGGCUUGUCUAGAACUCAGAGAUCUGCUUGCCUUUCUUUGCCUUCCGAAUGUAGGGAUUAAAGGCUUGCACCAAUACUGCCCACAUUUUAUUAAAGUGUGUGUGUGUGUGUGUGUGCGCGCGCGCGCGCGCGCGCGCGCGUGUGUGCGUGCAGCCAUGGAGGCCAGAGUAGAGUGUUGUAUCUUCUGGAGACAGAGUUACAGAGGAAUGAAUGUGAGCCAUCUUUUCUGAGCACCACACUCUGGUCCUCUGGAAGAGCAGGGAGCACUCUCUCCUGCUAAGCUAUUUCUCCAGCUUCUAUUUUGAAUGUAAAAGAUUGUGGGGUUUUUUUUCCCCCUGAGACAGUGCCAUAUGUACCCGACACUGCAAACUCACUGUGUGGCUGAGGACAGUGUUUAGCAUCGGACCCCCUGCUUCUGCCUCCCGAGUGCUGAGAUCACGGGCAUGCACCACCACACCCAUUUUUCUGUGGUUCUGGACUUCAUGCGCUGAGGCAAACACCACUAUCUAAAUCCCCAACCCUAUCAGGUUCAGUAUUAUUAUUUUUUUAAUUUAGAUUUAUCUUUCUUACUAUUUAAGUAUUUUGUGUGCAUGCCUUUGAAUGUGCACACCAUGCGUGUGCCUGUUGGAUCCCCUGGAACUGGGCUUGCGGAUGGUUGUGAGCCACAAUGUGGGUGCUGGUUAUUGAAUGUGGGUCCUCUGCCAGAUCAAAUAAGUGCCCUUAACUGUUGAGCCAUCUCUCCAGCCCCGAGGGUAAUAGUGCACAGCUGCAUCUUUCCUUUGAAAUUAAGGAGUUCAUUAUCUUGGCUUGAGACCAUGAGACCAAAUGUCCCAUCGCCUGAUAAUCAUUUGACCAGUGACUUUAGCACCUACUAGUGAUUCUUUCCCAAAUUACUUUUAAAAUUUACAUUUGUAUUUUUAAACAUUUACUUAUGUCUACAAUUGCUCUAUCUGCAUGUACACCUGUAUGCCAGAAGAGGACCUCAGAUCACACUAUAGAUGGUUAUGGGCCAUUACAUUGGUGCUGGGAAUUGAACUCAGGACCUCUGGAAGAGCAGACAGUGCUCUUAACCACUGAGCCAUCUCUCCAGCCUCAAACUUAGGUAUUUUAUGUAUAUGAGUGCUCUAUUUGUAUAUAUGCCUGCAUGACAGAAGAGGACAUCAGAUUAUAUAUAAAUGGUUGUGAGCAACCAUGUGGUUGCUGGGAAUUGAACUCAGGACCUAUGGAAGAGCACCCUGUGCUCUUAUCUGCUGAGCCAUCUCUCCAGCCUAGCCAAAUCAUUUCUUAAAUUGAGGAUUGCAAAGUAUUGGUUUCUGAUUCUAUUAUUCCUUCCAAAUUAAUUAUUUUCCAUUUUCCCCAUAAAAAAGAACUUUCCUCUGUUAUUGUUACAAUGUUAAGAAUCAGACCUAUGGCCUUGUUCAAGCCAGACAACCUCCUUCUAUGGUAGGAAUCUCAAACCUGUAAAUUCCUAACCCUGUAACAGGCUCAUCCCAUCGAAUAGACCUUAGGUUGUCAGACUCCCUGGACGGGGGGGGGGGGGGGGGCGCUGCCAUAAUGGGUAUGUCUCAACUAGAUGUGUCCUUGCUCUUCAGAGGGACAUAUUUCUUCCUGAUAACGCAAGACCUUUUUUCUUCUCCCCUGCCGCCUGCAGGGGAAUCAGAGACAGUCUGGUGAUGUGAAACCUCCCCCUUCUACUGAGAUCUAUAGGAAGGGGCCCCCCACUCUACCCUGGGGAACUUGGAUCCUCUUCAGAACCCUACCAUGUUGUCUGUGUGUCUAUGACACUGGGGCUUGAAUGUUCCCGCUACUGUACACUGUGCCGCUGUGCCUGUGUGUCUGUGGUACUGAUAAUUCUCUUAAUAAAUCUCUUACCCCAAAAGACA